GUCAGGUUUAUGUCAGCUCGAGCCACGCACAUGGACGUACCUACGUUGUUACGCUGUCCUCUCGCUCUGUGCUGUGAUUGGACAGAUUCGUAGAGGAGGCGGGAUGUUUCCAGAUACAGCCAGAACUCAGAGGGAAAAAGUAUAAAUAUGAUGAGCUCUAGAGUUGAGACGCAAAGCUGCAAAGGAGCAAUAGAAGAAUUUGCGAAGGUGCUGAAUACACAUGAUAUAAACCUCGUCCAGAGACUCUCAGAGAUUUAUCUAAGUUUUCCAGUCAUAUAAUCAGCAUGUCUGCAAACGGAGUAGCUGUGGGCAUUGACCUGGGCACCACAUACUCCUGUGUGGGGGGUCUUCCAACACGGAAAAGUGGAAAUAAUAGCUAAUGACCAGGGCAACAGAACAGAACAGCUAUGUGGCGUUCAAGCUGCUAUUCUCUCCGGGGACACUUCAGAGAAUGUCCAGGACCUGCUGCUGCUGGAUGUAGCUCCUCUGUCCUUGGGCAUCGAGACAGCUGGAGGGGUCAUGACGGCCCUGAUCAAACGCAACACCACCAUUCCCACCAAGCAGACCCAGACCUUCAGCACCUACUCCGACAACCAGCCGGGGGUCCUGAUCCAGGUGUACGAAGGGGAGCGGGCCAUGACCAAAGACAACAACCUGCUGGGCCGCCUUGAGCUGACAGGGAUCCUCCCUGCCCCCCGAGGGGUCCCUCAAAUCGAGGUCACCUUUGACAUCGACUCCAACGGCAUCCUGAACGUGUCAGCGGUGGACAAGAGCACCGGCAAAGAGAACAAGAUCACUAUCACCAAUGAUAAAGGCCGACUGAGCAAAGGGGAGAUCGAGGAGAUGGUGCUGGAUGCAGAGAAGUUCAAAGCUGAGGACGAAGCCCAAAGGAACAGAGUCAGUGCCAAGAACGCUCUGGAGGCCUAUGUGUUCACUGUGAAAGACAGUGUGCAAGAUGAGGCUGUGAGCAGCAAACUGAGUCAGGACGACCGCAAGAAACUGCUGGACAUGUGUGAGGAGACCAUGAGCUGGCUGGACAACAACCAGCUGGCAGAGGUGGAGGAAUACCAGCACAAGCAGAAAGAGCUGGAGAAAGUGUGCAAGCCCAUCAUCAGUAAGCUGUACCAGGGAGUGCCCCCCACAGGCAGCUGCAGAGAGGACGCCCGGGGGAGCUCCCAGGGGCCCACUAUUGAGGAGGUGGACUAAAGUGACUCUUCAUACACUGUGAACUAGUUAAUACUGGAAUGCACUGUUAUGGAUGAAUUUAUGACCUUUGUUACCUCUGAAAUGUACUGCUGAAUUGUAAAUAUUGUUUAUCUUUUUUUAAUUAUAGUUUGUAUAAUGCUCAAUUAUUGAAAGAUGAAAAUAUUGUACAAUAUAACAAUUGUGAUGUAAUGUUGGUCUUUACAAGCAAUAGGCUAAAUGUAUAUAAAACUGUGUUUUCAAUGCUGAACUGUAAAGUUGUAUAGUAGUGUAGUUUUCCUGUUGAUUUUUUUAAAAAUGUUGCCAGUGUUUAAUAAAUCUAAAACUGAACUACA